ACGGCGUGAGCACUGAGGGUCGGAGCUGGCGUGGACACCUGCGGCCCUGGGAGGGGACCUGGCUCGGUGAGUUCGGCCCUACUGAACUGGGACAGACCCGGCGCCGGGCGCGGGCGCGGCAGCAGCUGUCCGGAUCACCGUGGGCGCUGAGUCCAAGUCUCUGAAGUUGGGGAAGUCCUUUGCUCAUAGCUGGGGCGUCCGUCGUCGCCGAGAAGACCUCCCCUUCCUCAGAAUGGGACCCUGGCUCCUACCCGGUCUCCUGUGAACCAGCCAGUGACAGCUUUCUGUGGGGAUGCCUGGAAACCAGCAGAAACCGGAGUCUUUGGAGAUGGACUCUGACAUGUCGCCAAGCUGCAGGCUCAGUGACUUGAGCAGAGGGGGCAGUUUGGAGAGCCGGAGCAGCAGCUCUCGGUCCAGAAGCUUCACUUUGGAUGACGAGAGCCUGAAGCACCUCACACACGAGGAGAAGGACGUCAUCCUGUUCUUUGAAGAGACUCUAGAUUCCCUGGAAUAUGACUUUGAUGAGCCAGCCCUGUGUGACAGUGGCAUUCAUUGCCACUCUCCACAGUCUCUGGAAGAGAGCCCUUCCAGUCACUCAGAACCUGAAGAUGUCAUCGAUUUAGUCCAACCAGGCCCCGAGAGCCUUCCAGAUGUGGAGAGCCUUCCAGAUGUGGCUCACGUAACAGGGGCCACAUCUGUUACAAAACAGGGCACUCCUGCUCCUGAAGGUGGGAAACAAGCCGCUGAGAAUUCCCUGCCACCACCAGACUCCAGGGAUCCUGAGGUGUUUUCUCUGCCACCCUCUCCGCCUGUCUCUGUGCCCUCUGCCCCCCGAAAGGAGCUGAUAUCCCCCUCUCCUCCAGUAGAGCAUCCCAAACUGUCCCGCUCCGUGCCCACUCCUUUGGUGAUUGCUCAGAAAAUUUCUGAGAAGUUGGCGGGAAACGAAGCCCUGUCCCCCACGUCCCCUUCAAAGGAGGGCAAGCCUGGGGAAUGGAGAAUGCCGCCGACUUCAAUAGCCUCUCGAAAUGGGGACCAGGUCGGCGUGUGGCACCGACACACGGCCCAGUCAGCGCCCAAGGUCCACCGCUUCCCCAGCAACAUAAGUGUGACUAACAGCGCGGGCAAGGACUUCAACAAGACUAUCUCCAAGGCGGCUGUCAACGUGCAGGAGCGGAAGGCCCAGGUCCUGGCUAAUAUCAAUGGCAUGUCCUUCAUCGCUGCGGGUGACACGUCAUCAGAAGAGCGGUGGCAGAAGGCUGAGGAGCAGAGGGGCGGCUCUGCGGACGGAGGGCGCGCCCAGAGCAGGGUGGGCAUGGCCGGGGAGCCCGGGGGGUCACGUGCAGGAGGCCCAACCAGGGCGCAGCAGUCCCGGGCCGUGCAGACCGAGCAGCCAUCGGCACUAGCCAAUGGCUUCCAGAGCGUGCAUGAGGCUCUGCGCAGCGAGCCCAGUGCCUUCGUCCCCAUCAGCAAGACCAUCACCUUCCGUCCAGACCCCGCUGUAGCGAGCAAGCUGGCGCGCCAGAACGCCAGCCGCAGCCUGUACGAGCCGCGCCUGGACGGCUCCCAGGAUGCCCGCAAGCGCACAGGCUCGCUCCCCCGGGCUGUGGGCUUCCGACCACAGGGCAUCACAGUGCAGUUCUCAGGCCGUGGCUCCACAGAGGAAGCACGACGUGAGGCCCUGCGCAAGCUCGGGCUGCUGAAGGAGAACUUGUGAUGGCCACAGUGGGACUGCCGCAGUGGCUGGGUAGACCCUGUAUCCCUGCACUGGGUGUUCUAUUCUCUAAGCACAGAAGCCGGGUAGCACAAAGUGCGGCAUGUUCGGGGAAAAUGCCUCCGCCCCAACCCCUAUGUCCAGUGCAGCGUGGAGCCAGGGGCCAGUGGGGCAAGGACCAGACCCCCGGAGCUGUCCUCUUCUUUUCCUGGGGUCAUGGGAUAACCUUUAGGACCCGUGGGCUUCCAUGGCUACAGAUGACCUAUGACUUACAUAUGUCAGGACGGCCUUGGCUUGACUUGGUCCAGCAUCUCUGAUCUGAACCUUUAAUCCCGCGCAGGACUUGAAAGCCAGUGUAGUUCUCUGAUGCUCAGGAUUCCCCCUCCUCGAAAACUAAAAAGAAAUGCUUGUUAAAUUGUAUAGUGUCAAUAUACACUUUGAAGUCUAGCUGUUUGUGUGUGUGUGUGUGUGUUUGAAGAGUAGAAGAUGGUACUUUACCAAUCUGGAUUUGUUUCUUGGCAUAAUUUGGUUUGCCCCAUUUUCUUUUUUCUUUUUUCUUUUUGGUUUUUCGAGACAGGGUUUCUCUGUAGCUUUGGUGCCCGUCCUGGAACUAGCCCUUGUAGACCAGGCUGGCCUUGAACUCCCAGAGAUCCGCCUGCCUCUGCCUCCCGAGUUCUGGGAUUAAAGGCGUGCACCACCACCGCCCGGCCUGCCCCAUUUUCUUAACUGAAACUCUUAAAGAACCCUUUAGAGUAAGAUUUACUGUAAUUUUGAACUGUAAGAACAAAACAGGAUGUCAAGUUUGGAAAAGGUGGUAUUUAUGAGAAAGCAAGUCUCAUGCGACCCUGGGAUGUGUGUAUGAAUGAGUCUGUUAUGUAUAAAUAUGUGUGCCUAUGCUAACACACAUGAGUAUUGUGUGUCUGUGUAUGCACAUUUCUUAGGACAUAGUAUCUCCUUCCGAAGACACCGUUAUUUAACUACAGGAUAUGAGCACUUCCUUUUCUCUCACAGACACCUCAGCAUUGUGGUGAGCACUACAAAGUCUUCCUAUUAUGGAAGUUGGCUAGGGACACAUGAACCCCAAGUCCCUUUUCCUCAACAGUGUGUUCUGUUCCCAAUUAAAGUAGUAUUUCCUGCUUUCAAAUAAGCAAGAUAGUUCCUGUUUUUACUUAAGAACUUUUUUUUAUUUAAAGAAAAAUUAAAAUCUUCUUUGUCACCUCACUAGUUUGUGUUGCAAGGCAGUAGCCGGAAGGAAACGAUCUGAUUGCUUAUGCUCCAUGAACACCAUCUUGGGACUCACUCGAAGGAGAAAACUGAACUCAGUUAUGCAGCAUGAAGAGUUUUCUCUCAGACUUUGUCUGUUUUACAGAGUUGUGGCCACAAGUGUUAUUAUCAAAACUAUUUAAGACUGGAGUCUCGAACCUCUAAGAAUAGAUGGGAAAAGACUGGCCUGGGAGCCACACCCGCGGGUCCUCAGCAGCACUGUGACAGAGCCCUGUUUCCUUUCCAGCUGAGCAUCACUGAGACUCUGAGCUGUUGAAGGCCAUUUUCACAGUACUCCGCUUGCCUUGUAAGUUCCAUAAGAUGAUGAUUAGGUUUUAUUUCUUCAGAACCAUGGUCUAGCAACUUGCCCAACUCUUUCUUCUUCUGAAGUCUUCACAAACAUUUUUUAAUCCUAUUUAAGAAAGGGCUUUAAACUUUUAAAAGUACCUUUAAUUUUGCUCCUGCUUAUGAUGGAUUUUCUUUGACAGGAGCCCGGAGGUUUCCCUUUGACAAAGUCAGAUGCCACGCACAGUGUUUAAUAAUUGACGGUUUCAAUACAGCUGUUACAGACAUCCUUCAUAGAGGAUAUUCCUAUCACUUUAUUGCGAAUAGACUGAGUUUGACUGUAGAUUAAUAUAUCCUUGUAAUGACAUUUUUGAAAAAAAAAUUUUAUCUUACCUAUAAACAACUGUAUUACAUUAUGCACGAUAUUACUUCCUUUUAAAGGGUUAUAUCUUUUUCUUCUAUUUAUUCAUGUUUCCUUUCUAUUUAAUCCAUGACUAUAUUGACUGUUACUUUGUUUCUUGUGUCCAAAGCCCUAAUGAUUAAAGCCCUAUUUUUGUGAAUGGUGAGGGCCCUGCUGUGUGUCUCCUCUGCUGAAAAGCAUUAGUUUCCUUGCAGUGGU